AUGAAUCGGUUCAGAAAGAAGAAGGAGCCUUCGCUAAUGGAGGAAUUAAAAGAACUUGAACUCCUCGAGGAAGGGGAGAUGGUAGACAUUCCAGAUCUGGAGGUAGAAUAUCUGAUAGAGGAAAACUCUAUGAGUGUGAUAGUCAGAUGUCUAAACCCAUAUGUCCAUAAGGUGGGAGGUCUCGUCAAAGCGCUUCAACCCAUUUGGGGUCUAGAAGACAGAGUUCAAGGACGGGUUGUCGGAGAAGACAGGGUCCAGUUUAUCUUCAACUCCGAAACAGACCUGCAGUUUGUCCUCACCAAAGGUCCAUGGUUUGUGAAUGGAUGGAUGGUGGCCAUGGAACAAUGGACACCAGACCCAAAUGUUGAGUUCCUGCAGAGGAUAAAAUUCUGGAUAAGAGUGAGAGGCUUACCAAUCCACAUGCUGAAAAAGCAGGUGGUGGAGAGUUUGUUGGGACCUCUGGGAAAGGUGGAGAAGGUGGAGCUACAUGCUAAGAACUCCAACUCUCUGGAGUAUGUCAGAGCCUUGGUCACCAUCAAUACUAAAGAGCCUCUUCAGUUAUGGAGAACAACGAGACUCAAAUCAGGAACGACCUACCCGACGGAGCUGGAGUAUGAGAAGCUACUAAAAGUCUGCUAUGGCUGCAAAAGACUUACUCAUGACCAGACAAAGUGCCCCUAUCAAAUCCAAGUAAGGGAAUGUGAAGAGAGUCUAAGGACAGAUAGGAGGAAGAAGACAAGCCUGAAGGAAAAACUCUUGGAGAAAGAAACAAAAGCAAAGGAGACUCUGAAGAACUCAGUCUCAAAAGAAGCCGUCCUCGGAACCUUCAAAGCAACUGGAAGUGCGAGAACCAGGAAAGGAGAAGGCCAAGACUCUUAUAAGGAAGAUAAGAGGAAAGGGAAGAGAGUGGUCUCAACCCCCCGGGUAGUGUGGAAGCAGAAAGCUGAUAAGGGAGGAACGGAGAAGACAAGAAGCACGGAGGAGUCAUCUGCAAAUCCAAGAGGCUCUGAGGAGGUUAGUGGAAUAAGAAGCAAAUCAAUCGAGCAUGGUGGAGUGGAAAAAUCUCUAGGCACAAGUGAGACAGGCUCAGUUUUCAACAGACUGGGAAAUGUAGAGGAGGAAUGGGGCUCAAAAGGUAGCAGAGGGCGCAGAAGUGGUCGAGAACAAUCAGAGGAUCUGCGGCUGAAGCUAAGUGGAACCUCCUCAGGGGAAAAGAAUGAUGGCAAAUCCAGCAAAGGAAGUCGGAGCCCCCCAUCAGUUUUUGAACGGUUGGGGAAACAAACAAGUACAUCCCCGAGGCUCAACAUCAGAGAAGAAGAGCCGAAGUCUCAGCCUUCCAAACGUAGAAGAAUGACUAACAGUGAUGAGAGAAUCCCAAAGAAGGCAAGGAAAGGUUCUUCUGGAAAAAAGAAAGAAUCUCCAUCGGUGUUCCAGAGAUUGGGAGGAUUAGGGAGAGACUCCGAAGUUAUUUGUCAAGGAGAGGGAAACCAUUAUGCCUUAAUGGCAGCAGUUACACCUAUUCAUUCUGCCCGUGUGGCAGCAUUCAGUCCAGUCCAUUCUGUCCGUAGGAUAGUAUUGGGAAGCGGCUCAAAUUUGAAAGAAGGGUUGAUGGGUAAUUCCAACCCUUCGAGGUCAAUAUGA